AUGAUCUCCUCAUCUAACCAGACAAAUAUGCAGAGUCAAAUCGUAUGCAGUGGUUGUAGAAGCAUUUUGCUUUACCCUAGAGGAGCUUCUAAUGUGUGCUGUGCCUUGUGUAAUGCCGUUACCUCGGUUCCUCCUCCUGGGAUGGAAAUGGAUCAACUUAUAUGUGGAGGUUGUCGAACAUUGCUAAUGUACACACGUGGUGCUACAAGUGUGAGAUGUUCCUGUUGUCAUACUGUUAAUCUUGCACCAGUUUCUAAUCAGCUUGCUCAAGUAAAUUGUGGAAAUUGUAGAACAAUGUUAAUGUAUCCAUUUGGUGCUCCAUCUGUUAAAUGUGCAGUUUGUCACUACAUUACAAAUGUCAAUAUGAGCAAUGGAAGGGUUCCUGUUCCAAUGAGACCUAAUGGAACUACAACAUCAGGAUCAAUGCCACCUGUUUCAACAGCAACACCUCACUCUCAUAACCAAACUGUAGUAGUUGAAAAUCCGAUGUCUGUUGAUGAGAGUGGAAAAUUGGUAAGUAAUGUUGUUGUUGGGGUAACCACGGAUAAGAAGAAGGCGAUAAAGUGAAUAAUGGAUCCAUGAAUGAAAAUGGUUGGUUUUAAGGAUGUAGUAAUGUGUAUAGAAAUAGAAAAAAGGAAAAUGGUCAUUAUUUUGACUUUAUUGUAUCUUAGAUUAUUUAAAAAAAUUGAGAUUUGAUGUGGUGUUUUGGUUAGGAAGGGGACAUAGGGCACAUGUUUAUUAAUUUGUGGUCAUUUGGCCCCACAAUUGUGCUUGUUAUAUGGUUGUUGGUUUGGAAUUGCUUGAAAAUUAUGGAAUAUGUGGUUUUUGUUGUUUUUGAGUA